UCCAACCUUAACCCCCACUAUUAUGUAGAUGUUCAACGUUUGUAGGGUAAGAACCAUCUGGGGCAGCUCGGUGUUUUUUUCUCGGUAUAAAUAAAGUAUUCGCACUAUAACUUUGUAUAACCUUACCCGCUUGUUAUCUUUUCUACACCGAACCGAAUUCGAGUUUCUGUGUCGACUUAUUUGUUUAUUCCAAGUAGAAUAGCAGACUCAGCGCAUCCACGAGAUAACCCCAUUCAUCAUACAAAUAUUAUAUACAAUACGCAGUACGAGAAAAAAAACAGCAACCAUGAACACUUCCAUGGUCAAGUCCAAGUUUCUCUCCCACCCUGAGGACCUCGGCGUCGUAGCUGUUGGCUUCUCGGGUGGCCAGUGCAAACCAGGAGUUGACGCUGCUCCUUCAGCCUUGAUCGAAUCUGGUUUAUUAAGCCAGCUACGAGAUGAGCUCAACUAUAAGCUUCACGGUCACGACACCGUACAUUCGUAUACCGACCUCGUCCCAAAAGAAGACCCCCCGUUCCGAAAUAUGAAGAAUCCCAAGGCCGUAAGUAGCGUUACCGAACGCCUUUGCGACCAAGUCUACACACAAGCCAAAGAAGGGAGAAUGGUCCUAACCCUGGGAGGUGAUCAUUCCAUUGCCAUUGGCACUAUCGCCGGUAGUGCUAAAGCGGUACGCGAAAGACUCGGUCGCGAAAUAGCAGUUAUUUGGGUAGAUGCGCACGCCGAUAUCAACACGCCCGAGACCAGCGACUCCGGCAACAUCCACGGUAUGCCUGUUAGCUUCCUGACUGGCUUGGCGAAAGAGGAAAAACCCGAGUAUUUCGGCUGGCUUAAAUCCGAGCACCUUAUCAAUGUGAAGAAGCUCGUAUAUAUAGGUCUGCGUGACGUAGAUCCAGGCGAGAAGAGGAUCCUUCGUGAGAAUGGCAUCAAGGCAUUCAGCAUGUUCGACAUAGAUCGACACGGAAUCGGUCGCGUCGUGGAGAUGGCGCUUGCACAUAUCGGAGCCGAUACGCCCAUACACUUGUCGUUCGACGUUGACGCGUUGGACCCGAUGUGGGCGCCUAGCACCGGAACACCGGUUAGGGGAGGAUUGACGUUGCGCGAAGGCGACUAUAUCUGUGAGAGUGUGCACUUAACGGGAAGCCUCGUGGCUAUGGAUUUAGUUGAGGUCAAUCCGAGUCUAGCGUUGGAGGUCGAGUUGGGAGCACACGAGACGGUUCGAGCCGGAUGUUCGUUGGUGCGAUGCGCAUUGGGUGAAUCGUUGCUAUGAGAGGUUAUUCUGUUCAACAGGCUUACCAGUAGCCUAAGCCAGGAAUGCGCCCACGUAUCAUGUCAACCUAUACGAUAAUCCAUUCAUAGAGAUGAGUGGCUUUCCUUAUUCUCGACGGUAUAUAGGGAUCGUGGAGGUUCGUUUAGACGGCGUACAUUUUAGAAGGUG